GCCUUAAGCAUUAUUAAGAACUUAUUAAUUUUGCAGCUGAUUUUUUUGCAUUGCCUGGCGAGAGAUUCGGGAGUAGAAAGCGUCUAUUGCAAAACCCCUCACUGCGGCUUAAGGAAUUUAGCGUGCGGGAAUAAAAAAAAUAUGAGCAGUUCGUGUAUGCCUGGCGCUAAAAUGAUAUCCUUAGCUCCCCAUAAAACGCACCUAUUGCAUUUAAUUAACAAAUUUCGUAAUAAAGCUGCCGCUGGCUAUACACGCACCUUGUUUCCUGCCGGACGUAUGGCACGGAUGGUGUGGUCCGCAGAGCUGGAAAACUUUGCGCAAAUGUACAUUAAGAAAUGUGCAAGUGAUUUGAGACCCUGCAUGGCCUCAUCACAGUUUACGGUCAUUGGCAGUAUCUACGAUGGGCUGAGCUACACGGGGAAGCCGAACUUACACAAGGUUACUGAAAUCACAGAUGAGCUGCUGAACGGUUGGUUUGAAGAUGCACGGUUUGUGACGAGACAAUUGCUGUUGCAUUUGACAACCGAUUUUCGUAGACCAACUGUGCGUCUAUCCGUAUUACUAAUGGCGGAUCGCAAUACACAUGUGGGCUGCAGUGCAAUGAGAUUUGCAAGUGGCUUUGUCAACAACUUUCACAUGGCCUGCGCCUUCGCUACUGACAAUAUGCGAAAUAAACCCAUUUAUAAGAUUCAUGCCGUGCCAGGUAGAUUGUGUAAGAAACGCGAUGAUACUUACCGGAAUUUGUGCGCCAUCGGUGAAAAAUAUAAUAAUCGCCACAAGUAUCAGGUUGGUGAGGUGCUCCCAACCUCGGUUGAGGUCUUAGCUGGGUCAACUCUGUGAACGGUUAAAUUCAAUAAAAUAUAUUUUCACAUA